AUGAAUCUGUUAACCGGCGUAAUGUGCGAAGCUGCGUCAUCGGAUCGCCUCAUUUUCAUGUUCAUACUUGCUGCUGCGUUCGUCACAGGGUUACCAGUAGUGCAAGAGGAUCGAUGUUUGGCUUUCGACGGCAUCGAACACGCUCUUCACGACGCAAUGAUACCGAAUCGAGAAGCAUUCUACAAAAUUUUUGAAGUUCUACAAAACGAAAAGAAGGAUUUUGCGGAUGGGAAGGCGGAGGUUCUCAUCGGAGUGACCUAUCGUCGCGGUGAUGGAUUUCGGUUGUUUGAUGGGAGUGCGCCGAAUGAUUUAAGCUUUCUGAAGUUCAAUCCGAUUGACAAUCUGGAUGACGAGGACAAUCAAACCAUACACUACUGUCUUCGCUUCACCAUUAAAGUUGGUAAGUAA